AUGUCUUCGUUCUACGCCGAGGGAACUCCCGAUCGGGUCAAAGAUGCUAAGGGCCUCCACCUGAUAACCUCCCUAACCCCCAACGGACGAAAAGUCAACAUCCUCCUCGAAGAACUAAAAGACACCUACAACCUCGAAUGGACAACAAGCCUAAUCGACCUAGACACAAAGGAACAGAAAAAAGACUGGUUUCUAAGUCUGAAUCCCAACGGCCGCAUCCCAAUCAUAAUCGACAACACCAAAACCCCACCUCAUACCGUCAUGGAAUCCUCCGCAGUGCUCCUCUACCUCGUCUCAACAGCAGACAAGGAGCACCAAUUCUGGUUCUGGGAUCCAAUCGAACAAAGCAAAGCCUUCCAAUGGCUGAUCUUCUGGAACGCAUCAGGCCAGCCGAUCCAGGGACAAUAUAACUAUUUCCGGAGGAAUGCGAGUGAAACCCGUAGUUUUCCAUUUCUUUCAGAUCCUGACUUGGGAGUCAUGUUGAUGUCUUUUCUAGGCGCGAUAACCCGCUUCAGGGAUGAGAUCUUGCGGAUUUACCGCGUUUUUGAGGCUCAUUUGUCUGGGAAACAUACAGGUAGUGCGCGCGAGUACCUUGCUGGGUCGAGCAAAGGUAAAUAUAGUAUUGUUGAUAUUAAUGCUUGGGGGUGGAUUCGGACGUUUCAGUCUAUUGGGCUUUUGGAGGAGGAGGUUGCUGAGUUGCCUCAUUUGGGGGCAUGGGUGGAUCGCAUUGAGGCUCGACCAGCUGUGCAAAGGGGGUUGGGGGAGUGGUAUGAUGAGGACGUUCAUCCGGAGUUAUUGAUUAGUACAAAUUAA